GCCCGGAGCUGCGCUCCACCCGGCUUCCCAGGGCACCAUGCCCGGCUUGUACUGCCCCUCCAGCUGGACGCCGCUGCCCCUCACCGACUCGUGGGUCCGGGCCUGCGCCAACGGACCCUGCCUCAGCCUGCGGGCCCGGCUCACUUACCACAACCCGCAGCCGCAGCCGGUGGACGGCGUGUUCGUGUACCCGCUGGCGGAGGCCGAGGUGGUGUCAGGCUUUGAGGCGGAGGCGGCCGGACGUCGCGUCUCUUUCCAGCUACAGAGUCGGCGUCGAUCGCAGGCAGCUUGCUGCCGCGCCCUGGGUCCCGCGUUGGGGACCUCGACGCCCCGCCGCUGCGCGCAGGGUCAUCUUGUCUUGGAUCUGGCCCAGGCCCGGUCCACACUGGUGUUGCCCACUGGCCUCAUCACCCCGGCUGGCACCAUGACAGUGACCCUGUGCAGCAGCCGGGAGCUGCCCUCAAGGCCUGAUGGGGUGCUGUGCAUGGCUCUGCCCUCCGUGCUCACCCCACUGGCCCCGCCAGGUCCACCAGGCCCCCCCAGACCUUCGGGGCUCUGUGACGACAGCCCUACCAGCUGCUUUGGGGUGGGCAGCCCUCAGGAGGAAGGUCUGGCCUGGGAAGAGCCAGCUGCCCCUCCGGACGUGUUUUUAGGCCCUGCCCGCUGCCCUGCCCCAUACACCUUCUCCUUCGAGAUGCUGGUGACUGGGCCAUGCCUCCUGGCAGGCCUGGAGAGCCCCUCUCAUGCUCUGCGGGCAGAUGCCCCACCUCAUGCCAGUUCUGCAGCCACCAUCUGUGUCACACUGGCAGAGGGCCACCGUUGUGACCGGGCCUUGGAGAUCCUUCUGCAUCCUAGUGAACCCCACCAGCCGCACCUGACGCUGGAGGCCGGCAGCCUGAGUUCAGCAGAAUAUGAGGCCCGAGUGAGGGCCCGCCGGGAUUUCCAGAGGCUACAGCGAAGAAACAGUGAUGGGGACCGGCAGGUGUGGUUCCUGCAGCGCCGCUUCCACAAGGACAUCCUGCUGAACCCUGUGCUGAUGCUCAGCUUCUGCCCGGACCUGAGCUCCAAGCCUGGAUACCUGGGCACAGCUACACGAGAGCUCCUCUUCCUGUUGGAUGGCAGUGGUGUAGCACACAAGGAUGCCAUUGUUUUGGCCGUGAAGUCACUCCCGGCCCAGACUCUCAUCAACCUGGCGGUGUUUGGCACAGCAGUGCAGCCCCUCUUCCCUGAGAGCAGGCUCUGCAGUGAUGACACUGUGAAGCUGAUCUGUGAGAGUGUUGAGACCCUGCAGGCUGUGGGAGGUCCCCCAGAUGUGCUGGCUGUGCUGGACUGGGCCGUGAGGCAGCCCCAGCACAGGGCCCACCCUCGGCAGCUGUUCCUGCUCACGGCUGCCUCACCCAUGGCCAUCACUACCCACCAAGCCCUGGAGCUCAUGAGGUGGCACAGAGGGGCAGCCAGGUGCUUCUCCUUUGGGCUAGGGCCUGCCUGCCACCAGCUGCUUCAGGGUCUGUCUGCCCUUAGCAGGGGCCAGGCCUACUUCCCGAGGCCUGGGGAGAGACUGCAGCCCAUGCUGGUGCAGGCUCUGCGGAAGGCACUGGAGCCUGCUUUGAGCGACAUCUCUGUGGACUGGUUUGUGCCGGAUGCAGUGGAGGCACUGCUGACCCCCCGGGAGAUCCCAGCACUCUACCCUGGGGACCAGCUGCUGGGUUACUGCUCACUCUUCAGGGUGGACAGCUUCCGGCCCCGCCCCCCUGGGGGCCAAGCGCCUGGCUGGCAGAGCUUGGGCGGCUCUGUCUUCCCAUCCCCAGAGGAAGUACCAUCUGCCACCAGCCCUGGCACUGAGCCCACUGGCACCUCAGAGCCAUUGGGAACAGGCACUAUGCCGGGAGAGCUGUCCAGCCCAUGGGCUGCUGGGGACUCAGAGCAGAGUGCUGAUGCUCUGACAGACCCAGUCACAGACCCUGGACCCAACCCCUCUUCUGACACGGCCAUAUGGCGUCGCAUCUUCCAGUCUUCAUACAUCCGGGAGCAGUAUGUGCUCACCCACUGCUCUGCCAGCCCUGAGCCAGGCCCCGGCUCCACAGGCAGCAGUGAGUCCCCUGGCUCCCAGGGCCCUGGCUCCCCCGAGGGCAGUGUUCCCCUGGAACCCCCUUCUCAGCAGGGCUGCCGCAGCCUGGCGUGGGGAGAACCUGCAGGGUCCCGCUCCUGCCCACUGCCUCCACCCCCACUGGUGCAAGUCAAGGCUGGGGCUUUGAGUGCUGAGGUGCUGAACCGUCAAUGCAGGGCAGCUCUGGCUGGCCGAAGCCUCUCAUCACCCCCAGGCCAGGUGAACCCAGUCCCUGGCCGUCCCCGGUACCCCUCCCUGGGUGCAGCAACAGAUGGGCCAGGCCCUGAGUCAGGGCAGCAGCUGGGACAAGGCCUGGAUGACUCAGGAAACCUGCUCUCCCCAGCCCCCAUGGACUGGGACAUGUUGAUGGAACCACCCUUCUUGUUCACAGCUGUGCCCCCUGAUGGGGAAUCCACCCCCCCAGCAGUGCCACUGCCUCCCCAGGCUCCACGCUGCCAUGUGGUGAUCCGGGCCCUGUGUGGGGAGCAGCCUAUGUGCUGGGAGGUGGGUGUUGGGCUCGAGACACUAUGGGGGCCUGGGGAUGAUGGCUCACUGCCUCCAUCACCCCAUGAAAGAGAAGGUGUUUGGGACCAAGCACUCCAUCGGCUGACAGCAGCUUCUGUGGUCCGGGACAAUGAGCAACUGGCCCUCCGAGGGGCUGAGACCAUGGCUGACUGGGGCCAUGCCCGGAGGUCCUGGCUCCGAGCCCUUCAGACUAGCAAGGUCAGCUCUGCCCCCUCCUGCUUCACCUGCCCCAUAGCUGUGGAUGCUACCACUAGGGAGGUCCUGCCCUCAGCCCUGCAGGUGCGGAGCUCAGAACCAGCUGAGCCCCCAGGCAUCCUUCCUGCCUCUCAGGGCCAUCCAGAUGCAGCACCUCUGCCCACAGUUGUCCACUGUAAAGGCCUUCAGGGAGGCUCUCUGGCAGGUGGCUCGGACCUGGACCAAAAUGACAAUUCCAAGUCUGCUUUGGGGGACCCUGCAGCCCAUACCGGAGGUCCUCAUACCAUGUCCCCCCAGCCUCCGCUGAGGCUCAGCCUGGGCUAUCGGAAGGCCAGAGGCCCAGAUAGUCAUAGACUCUGCAGCCCUAACACAGACCAGGCCAAUGAUGGCAACAGUGAAGGCAGCAACCAUGACUACCUCCCCUUGGUGAGGCUGCAAGAGGCGCCAGGCUCCUUCCGCCUGGACGGGCCCUUCUGCACCGCGGUGCACAUCCCACAGGAGCGCCUGUGCCGUGCCUCACCCUUUGCUGCACAUCGUGCCAGCCUUAGCCCCACCUCAGCUUCAUCUCCCUGGGCACUUCUGGGCCCUGGUGUCAGCCAGCGAGAUAGUGCCACAGCUUCCUGCAGUCCAUCCCCCAGCUCAGGCUCCGAGGGUCCAGGCCAGGUGGAUAGUGGGCAAGGUUCAGACACUGAGGCCUCAGAGGGGGCAGAAGGGCCAAGCGGUGCUGACCUGCGGGGCCGGACCUGGGCCACAGCAGUGGCACUUGCGUGGCUGGAGCACCGCUGUGCCUCUGCCUUUGGCGAGUGGGAACUGGCAGCAGCUAAAGCCGACUGUUGGCUUCGAGCACAGCACUUGCCAGAUGGCCUUGACCUGGCUGCUCUCAAGGCUGCAGCCCGGGGUCUCUUCCUGCUGCUGCGCCACUGGGACCAGAACUUGCAACUACACCUGCUAUGUUAUAGCCCAGCAAACAUGUGA